AUGGAAGCGAUGUCCCCCCAGCAGGAGACUCUUGGGGGGCAGCCGGGGCGCUCCUCCUCCCUGACAGGAAUGUCUCGGAUCGCUGGAGGCCCCGGCACCAAAAAGAGAAUGAAAACACUAGCAGAAAGGAGGAGGAGUGCCCCAUCUCUUAUCCUGGAUAAAGCCCUACAAAAACGGCCUAGUACCAAGGAGAGUCCUUCUGCUAGCAUGGACUCAUUUCUGUCAUCAUCUGUGUGCUCCAAUAGGACUCUGCUAAUUGAUGGCCGAGUGGAACUCAAAAGAGGCCUGCAAAGGCAGGAGCGGCAUCUUUUCCUGUUCAAUGAUCUGUUCAUUGUGGCCAAAAGCAAAUAUAACAACAACUUUAAGAUAAAAAAUAAAAUAAAGUUAAGUGACAUGUGGACAGCAAGCUGUGUGGAUGAAGUGGGAGAAGGCAACACCGAUGCCAUGAGAUCCUUUGUCGUGGGCUGGCCCACAGUGAACUUUGUGGCCACCUUCAGUUCCCCAGAACAAAAGGACAAAUGGCUCUCUCUCCUUCAGAGAUACAUCAAUCUAGAGAAAGAGAAGGACUAUCCGAAGAGCAUUCCCCUCAAAAUCUUCGCCAAGGACAUUGGGAAUUGUGCCUAUUCUAAAACUAUAACAAUAACGAAUUCAGAUACAGCAAAUGAAGUUAUCAACAUGUCUCUACCAAUGCUAGGGAUAACUGGCUCUGAGAGAGAUUACCAGUUAUGGGUCAAUUCUGGCAAAGAAGAGGCACCGUAUCCACUUAUCGGACAUGAAUAUCCCUACGGAAUUAAAAUGAGCCAUCUUCGAGACACUGCACUCCUGACACAGGAAUCAAAGGACUCCGCCAGCCCUUCCAACCUCCAGGAGCCCUUCCUUAUGGAGCAGCUACCCCGGGAGAUGCAAUGCCAGUUCACCCUGAAGCCCAGCCGCCUGGCUGAGUCCCGGCAGCUGAGUGAUUCGGGUCAGAAGACAUUUAAAAGAAGAAGAUCUAUCAUAAAUUGGGCCUUUUGGCGAGGCUCUAGCACUCACCUGGAUAACUUGCCCAUGUCACCAACAUCUCCCAUGGCAGGACAGCUCUUUGGAGUGUCUCUGACAAAUAUUUGUGAAAAUGACAAUCUGCCCAAACCUGUCUUGGAUAUGCUUUAUUUCCUUAAUAUAAACGGACCUCUCACAAAAGGAAUUUUCAGGCAAUCAGCCAAUAUGAAAUCUUGCAGAGAGCUGAAAGAGAAACUGAAUUCUGGAGUUGAAGUACAACUAGACUGUGAAUCUAUUUUUGUGAUAGCAUCUGUUUUAAAGGACUUUCUACGAAAUAUUCCUGGCAGUAUUUUCUCAUCAGAUCUCUACGAUCACUGGGUCUGUGUAAUGGAUCAAGGAGAUGAUGAAGAGAAAAUAAAUACAAUUCAAAGGCUGUUAAACCAGCUUCCAAGAGCCAAUGUUCUUCUUCUACGGUAUCUUUUUGGGGUGUUACGCAACAUUGAGCAACAUUCCUCAUCCAAUCAGAUGACUGCAUUUAAUUUAGCAGUGUGCAUUGCUCCAAGCAUUCUUUGGCCUUCUACUUCCUCCAGCCCAGAGCUAGAAAACGAAUUUACAAAAAAGGUCACUCUGGUUAUUCAGUUUCUGAUUGAAAACUGCUGUAGAAUAUUUGGAGAAGAAAUCACUUCCCUCUUUGGAGAGGUUUCAGUGAGAUGUGAUACUAGAGAGCAUACCUCAGAUAUCUCUUGCUUACAAAUGACUGACUCCUCCUAUGACAGCUUGGAAAAUGAGCUGAAUGAGGAUGCUGAUGCUCCAUGUAGUGACCUAGUAAAGACCCUUGGUCAGGGGAGCAGAAGCAUGGACUCUGUCUUAACUCUUAGUGACUACGACCUUGACCAGCCUGAGGUGGAAGGUCCUUUAACCCUCAGUGACUUUGACUUAGACCGUUCUAAACAUGAAGACAUUCAAAUGGAACAGCCUCUUGAAUCCACACCAGUGACUGUUACAGUACUGUACAGAAAGGCCACACUGCAGGACCAUGCCGGGGACCCCUCUGGCAUGACUAUCCCCAACUAUCUGUCAACAGCUGCAGCAGAUGCUCCAAAAAGCUCAAGGCGACAUCGCCGCUGCUCAGAGCCCAGCAUGGACUAUCUAGAUUCAAAGCUUUCCUCUCUCAGGGAGUUUUACCAGAAAAAGCUACGCAAAUCCAGCUGUGAUGCAAUUCUCUCACAAAAAGAUGAGGACCAUCUGAAGCAGAACCAAUCCCUACAGGGAGAGGGUAAGGCAUAUUUUAAACAGAGUUCAGUUACAGGCACUGAUAGCAAGAAAAAUGCCACCAGUAAAAAUGCUAAGAAAAAAAGCUUGUUUGGUAAUGAAGGAGAUCAUAUGAAGCUUCUCCCUAAAUCCAAGCCAGUGACCAUUUCUGUGGCAUCUUACAGUCACAUGCCCUCACAUGAUCAUCCCAGGAACCAGCCCUUUGAUGCAGAUACACCUGGACACCCCUCACCACACACAACAGAUGCCCUCAAGAGUUCAAGGAGGCACAGGCGCUGCUCAGAGCCCAACAUUGAUGACCAGCACUCUAAACUGAGCUAUCUCAGGGGGAUUUUUUCAAAGAAACAAAAUAAAGCUAGCUAUGAAGCCAGUCACUUGCAUGGAGAGGAGGAUUAUCUCAAGCAGCACAAGUCUUUGCAAAUGGAGGGGCAAAAACUUAUUAAUCAGAGUUUGGUCAUGGGGAUUGAGGUGGGCAAGAGUAGUACCACAAACCAAAACACUGAGAAGUUUUUACCCUCAAGAUUAAACAUCUGCCCAAGGACUAGCUAUUCUAGCUUGUCCUCCCCAGGCACUUCCCCAUCUGGCUCAUCAGUGAGCUCCCAAGACAGUGCUUUUUCUCAGAUUUCAGAACAUUCUGUGUUUACACCCACUGAAACUUCCUCUCCAAUAGAUUGCACUUUUCAGGCUCAAAGAAAGCAAGAAGAACUUUCUUCUGACUUUUGCAGUUCCAGUCUCAUUUCUGGACUGCCUGGUACCUCCUUGGGGCAGGCCAGCAGCCACUUGGCCUAUACAAAAAAGGACACUAUAGAGCGACAUUCACAGAUGCAUUCUGUAACUCUUCAUCCCAGCAUGUGGUUAAGAAAUGGUAUGGCCAGUUUGAAAAACUGGUCCCUCAAAAACAAAGUAAGAGCAACCAGAUCAGAGGAAAAGAAAAUGGCUUCUCUACUAGGACCCUUGGGGCCACCUCCACCUGCUUCUGGUAUUUCAGAAGCCAACUCACUGCAAGACAAACAGAAGGACGUGCCCCUGCAGGCAAUGGAAGAACUUGGAGCUGUGCAGACAGCCCAGUGGGGUCGCGCUGAUCCCAGCCAAGUCUCGGAGAAACACUCUGGCUCUCCAUUCAGCCCAGUGGAAGGGAGACUUGAGCUUUGUAUGAAGUCACAUGAGGAAGGAGAGAAGGGUGGGCAGUGCUCUCCUGGCUCCCUGCCUCGUGCGAGCUCCUCACCCAGCUCUUUGAUGGUGGAUAAUGUGUCCAGCCCAGACUUAGGGCCUACAGUUGUUCAUGAUGUUGGGGACAAAGCUUCAACCAAAGACAUUUUACCAGAGUAAGAACAGAAACUGGGCUAAUAAUGACAUCAAGACAAUAAUUAUCGUGACCCCUUUUGUAAUAUACCUGGGAUAGGUAGCAUAAAGAUAAUUACUGCUAAUACUUAGGACAACAAAAUGAUUCUCUUUAAUGAAAUCAUUUGGCAAAAAGUUUAGACUGAAGAAAAGCUGCAUCACCUAAGUGAUUUUAGAGAUACUAGCAGAGAGUUAGAGAAGGCAUCUUCUGUAGAGAAAACAUUAAUGUAAAAUUAAUCUCCUGAGAAGGCCAGGAUAUCCUAAGUGAAAAAUGGUGACAGUGGGGAGAGAGGAAGGGUGCAGAGAAGCCAUCCAUACUCCAUGGAAUGUUUUUAAUAAAUAGGCAAGAAAAAUGCCACUAAUCGAAGCAUUGGGAAGAAAAGCAUGCCUGGUAAUGAAAGAAAUCAUGCCAAACAUUUCCCUGAAUCCAAGCAAGAGGCCAUUUCUGUGACAUCUUAUAGUCACAUGCCCUCACAGCAUUAGUCCUGAAAACAACCCAUUGAUGUAGCUGACUGGGAAAAAGUAGAGUGAUUCAAAAACCAUGAGUAUCAUGAUAUCUUUUUUCUGUUCUUUUCUGUGUUGCUUGGUUCUUUUUUCUAUUAGUGUUGCAUUGCUCUGCACAGGCUCCAGGAAACAGAGCUAUGAAGAGAAAGAAGGAAAUGGUUGCUCAUCUCAGUGUCCUUUCCAAAGGUACUUGUGCUGGGAACAUUCUCCCAAAAUGCAGCUUUUUUAUUAGAAGGUGACCUGAGAGCAUUUGUUAUCUGAGUGGGGAGGAAGAUUGCAACAACGGCCCUUUUCUCUGUUACACGAAUGCUAUUGCCAACAUGUGAUCAAAGUCUGGCUCCUUUUUGCCGAAAUGUUUUUCUGCAGCCUUGCCUCUUAGAGUACACAGCCAGAAAAAAUUACUGAUAAAUCAUCCUUUUUCUGAUUAUCAUUUGGCAGAAGAGAGAGCAAUUUAGAGGUUGCCAGGUUAU